GUUUCGUUCACAUUUCUAUCCUCGCCUCAGACUUUGACAUGCAUUUCUUAGAUUUACCUCUGGAUAUCCUUCCAUUAAUUCUCUCUCACCUUCAGAAUACCCAUCAUUUGGCUCUCACAUGCUGUGUCAACAAGAUCUUCUACCAGUUUGCUGCUCCACGAUUAUAUGAGCGCAUUUCCAUAUAUUCCUGGCAUAAGCACAGGAAGACAAAGGUACUCCAACUUUUUGGUACCCUGUCUCGAUAUCCGCACCUUGCUCGAUAUGUUCGUCGACUCGGUCAGGACGUCUUGCGGUUUGGCCAUGACCUGUCUUACUCCUUGGUAGAGAUUCGCGACUUUCCAAAGGCGCUUCCUCAUGACGGUAUUAAUAUAUUGGAAGUGGUUAUUUCUGCUGUCAGAAACUGUACCAACCUGAGGUCCUGCACCUGGACCCGUGACGGCUCUCUGAGUUCCGAAAUACUGGAGGCUUUCCUUUGCUCCACAGAACUACAUGAGCUGGAAAUAAAUGGUCACAACGAUGGAAAUUAUGAUGCAAGUAUCUUGAGGUCUUUCAGCAAUCUUAGACGGAUAUCCUUGAUUAUGCCCAGCUCAUCUGUUGUUGCCAUGUUGCCAUCGUGGAUGUCCGUUACGGGCAACAGUCUUCACAGUUUGACUUUGAUUUGCAAGUCGUCACCUAUUAUCACAGACACCGUUCUGGAAUCAAUGGCAGCUGAUCUUCAGAGUUUGCAAUACUUCUAUAUCACCGGCUGCCCUAAAGUCUCUCAUCGCGGUAUAUGGUCCAUACUCUCGGUCAAUCCACCCAUACAUGGUCUUGGCCUCGAAGGGUUAUCUUCGAAAUUUAAUAUGCAUGAACUCGCUCGAUUGUGCUCUCAGUCACCGAUUCUUCAUCAACUACGGUCAAUUACUCUUACUAUAAACCGUCAGAUACCUCUACAGACAUGGAUGCAAGAUGUGCUACAGUUACUGGCUUUUUCACCUCUCGAGGUCUUCCAGAUAUACUCCACAGGGGCAUUUUUUGAGUCACCGAUGACUUAUGAUUUUUGGAGGGAGAUAGUAAAUGCGCAUGGGACGCGCUUGACAAGAUUUUCUGUUCAUCGGAUGCUUGUAGGACUUGAACCUAUAGAAGAUAUAUGCCGCAGAUGCCCCAAUCUGGAACAGCUCUUUAUCGUCAUUGAACAAGGGUCAUUGGUUACCCUUCAAUCAUUUCUGCCGAUGGUUCCGAAACUGCAAGCUUUGCAUAUCAAUUAUCCUGUCGAGGCCCAUACGGCAUCAUUGCCUGUCCUCUUACCUUCUGAAGCCCUUCAGAUCGUACAGCACUGCAGCUCAUCAUUAACACAAAUAGGAUGCAAUGCCGAAGUUUGGCAGGUUCGGCGAAGCAUUGAGAUCGAUUCGUCUGGACGCCUGCAUACACGGCGCUUUCUUGCGAAGUACGAAAGUCCUGAUAUUCCCGAGCCCUUCUUAGUUGUUCGCAUAUGAUUCCAACUGUAGUAGAAACCCUGGCUCAUUGACAAUGUUACAAUGAUAACUUAUG